AGCGUCAUGUUGGACUAUCAUUGGGUUUGGGAGGCCUAUGUCGUCUGUUGUGUUAUUGUGUCUGUGAUCGUUUUCGUCUUCGUGGCGCAAACACCUUUGUCAACAUCGCAAAUCGUAUCGUGGGUCCUCGGGACGACUCAUAGCCGACAAGGUUUGCAGAUAGCAGCGGACUGCUCGUCCAAUUUGCGUGACGUCAAUACGUGGCCCAGUCUGGAUGGAGCACGCGCACGCGCACAGAGGGAGAAAGGAGAGCAAGAUGAACGGAGUGUGAAUCUGGCAUCUCGCCCCUCGCAUCCCGGAACCGGAAGUGAUUUUGACGAGGAGACAAAAUUACAAGACGGUAUUUUACUCGGUGGUACACGUGCUGAGUCACGCUUUCCACCAAGUCGCAGCGACACAACGGAAAGAGAUGACGGCUCCCCGGGGCUGCGGCAGAAUUCAACAUCGCUCUACGAAUCCUUCGACACGUCCCGUCUUGAAGACGACCUCGGCGAGAACGAGUGGAGCAGAGGUGACGCGGGCAGUCUCAGUCAAGCAGGUGACGAUCUAAAUGGUCGACCACACAGAGAUGCGGAGUCCUCAAAAAAACCGUGUAAGUCAAACACCUCGCCCGACAUGGUCUCCUUCAGCGC